AUGGCGUCUGCUGAUCUGAGAGAGGAGCUCACCUGCCAAAUUUGCCGGAGCAUUUAUACAGAUCCUGUAACUCUCAUCUGUGGCCAUAACUUCUGCCUGGACUAUAUUGAGAGUGUGCUGGGUACCCAGGAGGGGUCUGGGGUUUAUAGCUGUCCUGACUGCAGAAAGAGUUUCAGUAACAGACCUGAGCUACAGAUAAAUAUAACACUGUGUAACAUAGUGAGGCAUUUACAUUCCACACAGCCAGAACAAAAUGAAACUGGGAUCUUGUGCACUUACUGUGUUCAUUCUCCUGUACCUGCUGUUAAAUCGUGUCUGCUGUGUGAGGCUUCUCUGUGUGAUGCCCACCUGAGGGUACACAGCAAGUCUGAGGAACACAUCUUAACUGAACCCACCACUUCCUGGGGUAACAGAAAAUGCCCCAAACACAAGAAGCUGCUGGAAUAUUACUGCACUGAGGAUGCUGCCUGUAUCUGUGUGACCUGCUCCCUGGCCGGAGAGCACAGGGGACACCAGGUGGAGCUGCUGAAUGAGGCUUCUGAGAAGAAGAAAGAGAAACUGAGAGAUGUUCUGCAGAAACUGACCACAAAGAGAGAGGAGGCUGAGAAAAGCAUCCAGAGUCAGCAGUUACACAGCAAUGGGGUUCAAGAAAAAGUAGCUGGUUUAACAAAGCGACUCACUGCCCUGAUUAAGGAAAUUAAGAAACAUCUGGAAGAUCUAGAGAAGCAAGCCCUGAGUGAGAUCACCCAAAAGGAGGAGCAGGUUUUACUCACUGUUUCUGAGCUUAUCCAGCAGCUGGAAAAAGAGAAGGGUGAGCUGACCAGGAAGAUUUGUCACAUUGAGGAGCUGUGCAACAUGACUGACCCAUUAACUGUCCUACAAGAACAGGAAUCACACAGAGAUGAUUUUUGUGGUGCUGAGAAGGGAGAUACUGAGGUCACACAGACAGAUGAUAAACAGGUCCCUGCUGGGAGUGAUUUGGAUGAGGGUCUAAUUUUAGAGACCUUAUACAGCGCGUUAGCUGAUAUUGUGACUGAUGUAAUGAGACAGCUAUAUGUGCAGGUGACAUCAGAAGAAUUACUGGAUGUAAACACAGCUGCUAAUAAUGAGAAUGUAUCAAGCGGUCCAAAUAUGGUAUCCUGUUCAGAUAUAAACCAACAGCAACCAGAAACAAGAGAGAGAUUUAUAGACACCAGGAGCUUAUGCAGAAAUUUAGCUACUAGUGUGACUGCAGUAAAUGAAAAGGCAGGUCUCCAUGUAAAGGUGACAUCAGACUUAUUUCUGGAUACAAACACAGCUGCUAAUACUGUUACUGUGUCAGAUGACCUGAGAACUGUAUCUUGGUCACGUAUAGAUCAGCAGAGACCAGAAUCACCAGAAAGAUUUACAAUUGGUCCGCAGGUAUUAGGCACCAAGAGUUUUUCCUCAGGACGACAUUACUGGGAAGUGCAGACCAGUCAGUCAGGGGACUGGAGUGUAGGGGUGUGUUAUCCCAGUAUGAGGAGGGGAGGAUGGCUGUCUAUAGGAUUUAAUAAUAUGUCCUGGUGUUUAUGUGGAUGGCGUAAUGGUCUGUCAGUGAGACAUAGGAAAAUGCCCACAUCAGUACAUCCUCUAUCAUGUGACAGAGUAGGAAUACUGCUGGACUAUGAGGCUGGGUGUCUGACCUUUUAUGAGCUGUGUGACCCGAUCAGACACUUAUACACUUUCACUUGCACCUUCACUGAGCCUCUUCAUGCUGUGUUCUAUGUGUGGGGUGAUGGUGCCUGGGUGAGAAUCAUAAGCUAGAUAUAUUGAUCAUGAAAAUAAUGGCCUGUGGGAAUGUACCUGAACCCAGUGAGUGUAGCAGUGCUAUCUUGUCUGUCACUGCGUUACCCCCUUCCCUACCUGGUACAUUGCUUUAAAUUUCAUGUGUUGAACCUUCCUUACAAUAUGUCGAGUCUUGUGGAGGUGUUGCUGGCUGAUAUCUGCAAUCUCCUGGAGAACCACCAUGGUGCAUUAACUAAGGAGUUACAUCUUUGCUGUUCCUGUGAGCCCUUACUAUCCAUUACUGCCCUUUCUAACCCUGCUCAAGAUCUUCCAAGAGGGUUGCUUCUACCUAGCUUAUUGGAUCCCUUUUCGGACGAGCUUGUAUUUAUUGCAGGGCCUCCCUCGCAAGGGCUGUUGCCAGGUGCAGUCUCUGGAACCCCUGUGAUACUCACUGGAGCUGUGAUUGCACCAUUUGAUCAGGAACUAGACAAGAGGUCUAAACAGUUGAGCUUGGCGCUGACAUUAUCACUAAAGGGCAGACAGAGGAAGGACACCUUGCCUGGAAUACUUACCUUAAUUCUCCCCGCAGUCCAUUUUUCCGAAGAUCUUUGGAUUGAGAGCUCCUCAAUUGUCCUAAUGAGCUACCAACCGCAUCGGAGCACCUCCAAAGCAAACCAUUGGACUUUGGUAAAGACCGGAGUUGGGCAAUUAGUAUUUUACAUCCUGACUGGGGCCAGAUAUGCAGUUUCCUCUAAGAUGGUAGCCGCCUUCACUAGCUAUCUGAACAGAGACACUAAACAUUAGAUUGGACUCUAGUCAAUAACGUUUGAUUAUCUCCCUGGAUGUCUCUUUCACCCACUUAUGAAAGCAAAUUUAGUUGAUAUUGCUGGUUCUUUCCUUUGUGCUUAUGGGGUGAAGAGAGUAUUAUAGGUUUUCUAUCACUAAUGAUUAUCCUCUUGUCAUGUUUUAAACUGUAUUGUUAUAUAUUCCUUACAGCUGGAGGCUUUUAACCAUUACUAGUGCUAGAGUUCA